GGCUGAGGCUGCGGCUGCGGCGCGCCCAUGUGAGCCCGGCGUGCCCGCCCGCGGCACGGAAGGCUGCGCACCCUCCGGCCGUGCGCCCCGGCAGCGGCGGCGGCGGCGGCGGCGGGAGCUGGAGGAGGCCGUCGGGGCACUGCUGGAGUGAGCAUGGUGUCCUGGCGGCGGAGGCCGGGUCCCGGCCUGGCGCAGCUGUGGGGCUUGUGCUGCCUGGUGCUGGGCUGCUGGCCGGCUGCGCUGGGCUGCCCCGCGUCCUGCGGGUGCAGCUCCUGGCGGAUCUGGUGCACGGGAUCGUCGCCGGGCAUCGCUUCCUUUCCCGUGCCGCAGAGGAGCGCUGAGGGCGACAAUGUUACCGAGAUUUACAUCGCAAACCAGCCAAAUUUGGAAAGUAUCAAUGACAAUGAGGUUGGAUUUUAUGUUGGACUUAAAAAUCUGACUGUGGUGGAUUCAGGCCUAAGAUUCGUGUCCCGUCAUGCAUUUGUCAAAAAUGUGAACCUACAAUACAUCAAUUUAUCCAGAAACAAGCUCUCGAGUUUGUCCAAGAAGCCUUUUCGCCAUCUGGGUUUGUCUGAUCUGAUAUUGGUGGAUAAUCCAUUCAAGUGUUCCUGUGAAAUCAUGUGGAUCAAGAAAUUUCAAGAGACCAAGUUUUACACAGAAACUCAGGACUUAUAUUGCAUAGAUGACAACAAUAAGAAGACAGCCUUGCUGGAUAUGAAGGUCCCGAACUGCGACUUGCCCUCAGCAAACUUAAGCAAUUACAACAUCACCGUGGUGGAAGGAAAGAGCAUCACGUUGUACUGUGAUACUACUGGUGGGCCACCCCCAAAUGUAUCCUGGGUGGUAACUAAUCUUGUUUCAAACCAUGAGAGUGACACAAAUAAAAACCCUGCCUCUCUCACCAUCAAGAAUGUCUCAUCAAUGGACAGUGGACUGGAGAUUUCCUGUGUAGCAGAGAACAUUGUAGGAGAGGACCAAGCCUCUGCUGAGCUUACAGUAUUCUUUGCACCAAAUAUCACAUUUAUUGAGUCUCCGACUCCAGACCACCACUGGUGUAUUCCAUUCACUGUGAAAGGGAACCCUAAGCCCACAUUGCAGUGGUUCUACGAAGGAGCUGUACUGAAUGAAUCUGAAUACAUCUGUACUAAAAUACAUGUUAUCAAUCAAAGUGAAUACCAUGGCUGCCUUCAGCUGGACAAUCCUACACACCUGAAUAAUGGUGCUUAUACCUUACUGGCAAAGAACGAUUAUGGAGAGGAUGAAAAACGGGUUGAUGCUCAUUUCAUGUCAGUGCCUGGAGAUGGUAAUGGCCCAAUUCUGGAUCCAGACGUUUAUGAGUAUGAGACCACACCUAAUGAUCUUGGAGAUGCCACAAAUAACAGUAAUCAAAUCACUUCAACGGAUGUUUCCAACAAAGAGAAUGAAGAUAGCAUCACUGUGUACGUUGUGGUGGGAAUUGCAGCACUGGUGUGCACGGGCUUAGUAAUAACCCUCAUUAUUCUGAAGUUUGGAAGACACUCUAAGUUUGGGAUGAAAGUUCAUGGUGAAGUAAAAGGAGUUGGUCUGGUAGAUCAAAUAUGGCUUUCAUUGCAAGACUGCGACAAUGAAGAACAAGUAAUGGUGGCUGUCAACAGUGAUGUACAUAAUAACUCAACCGCAUCAGAUAACAACAGACUGGGUUUUGUUUUAUUUCAUAAGAUCCCACUGGAUGGGUAAAUGAAAUAAGGAAAAGAUGAGAGAGGGGCUGUUGAGCUUGUGGAAUCUGUGUGCUGCACUGUAGGGAGUGGACAGUGUUCUUGCCCAGUGAAGUUCCACCUCCCUUGGAUUUCUGUUUUAAACAUUUGUUAUGUUUUGGGAACUAUAGAAGUACAUUCAAAUCAGUAGCUGUUUUUCCAAGAGCAGGGAAAGGUGAAGCCCAGAGGCAGCUAAAAAACUCAAGAAAUUCCAGAAAUAAGCUACCACACUCUUUCCUAUUGCCUUGUCCUCACUGUGUCUUCCAAAAUGACAUAGAAAUGAAAUUAUAUUGCUUCCUCUGUCAAUUUUUUUCUGUUCGAACUUAACUGGAAAGAUGUUGUUUUUAUAAAUAAUAUUUAUCAAAGGUGAACUGCAAAGCUGCUUUUAUUUUAUUGAAUUAAUGCCUCUGCAAAAUUUCUUCAAUGCUUAGUUUAAGUGUGUGUGCAAGCUCACUGAUUUCUGUGGAAAUGCUCACAUCGUUAAAUUUAAGUUUUUGUAUAUUUGCAGGAUAUGGUCUUAACACCUGAAGCAGUAAAUUGCAGAGCUGGCCCUGCAAAUCUUAAUAUGUAUGUAGUUCCACUGACUUAACCAGGAAGAUGGGGAGUCUGAGCUAUAUACAGAAAGGUGGCAAUACUGUUUGGUGUGUUUGGGUAUUGAACCAGGGCCAUCACUUAGACAUUUGGUUAGGUUGUGCUUACUUGAGAUAGUCUCUAAGUUUGAAUAAGCACACAAAUCUGUAGUAGGCCAGAAUGCUGAUUCUGAGCCAAGAGCAAGAAUAGCAAUGGUAUGUGGCUGGUCCUUCAGAUGUAGACUUAGAGGCUUGUUUAACUGUCCAUAUUUAACUGUGAAGUAUGCUUCAGAAUGUGCUUCACUAUACUGCAGAAAAGAGUCUACUGUAACAAGUAAAGCUAGAUGAAGGUAUGAGCAUAUUUCAAGAGCAGGACUGCAUUUAGAUAUAGUACUAGAAAUUAAUUUUCAUUUGAUUUAUGUAUCAAAUCCUGAGGGUCUACUUUGAUCUUUUCCAUUUAGGGAAUUUUAAGAAGUAUGAAGUUUCAGAGGUUUUUUUAACUGAGAGUUAGCUACAAAGACUAGUAGUGAAAGAACGAGGUAGAUGCUUAUGUGUAUUCUGGUUAAAUUUUUGAGAUAUGAUUUGAAUUUAAUUCCUUACAACUAUGUUCAGUAAAAAAAAAAAAAAAAAAAAAAAAAGAGAGAGAGAUGGUAUUAUAUUGUCCCUAAUGUAUUUCCUUUUCAUUGUUACCUGCUUUUAAUUUCAGCCAUUUUCACUCUUCCAUUGUGGCACACUAUUGCCUUUUCUUUUACUGCGGUCUUUUAAGACCCUAUACCAUCCCUCUCUUUCUACAGUACUGUCUCGACUCUUUAAUUAUGUUUCUGUGUAUUUACUUGCUUUGUGCCUUCUAAGACUCUUAAUCCUUCAAUUUUUUUCUUGUGUUCUCUUGAGUGUCUUUCAUACAAAUUCUUUAUUCCUGCUGUGCUCAAGUUUCAGAAAUAUCCUCAUUAGUCAAGAAAUGUGUCCACAUUUGCAUACUUCUAGGCCUAUGUAGGGACAUAUUUCCUUUCCCUUUCCACUAGUUAGGGAAGGGGAGAUGCAGUCACUAAAAAUCUGUCCCAAAGAUGUAUUUUGCUCCCCACAUUAAAGAAGAGGACAGAGCUGGAAGUCUACUGAUGACCUAGGAAUCAUGUUGUCUUUGUCGCCCUGCACAUACUGUGGUGAUCUGGGGAAGGAUGGCAGCAAUUAAGGAUAUCCAUCAUAGUUCCUGUUUGAAGUUAGAUGUCAUCAAGUGCUCUGCUGUUCCUGAGAAAGAGUAUUAGGAAUGUCUGCCUUUUUUCCUCCAAGUCUGUGAAUUAUAAGACAUGGUCUUAUUUUCUAGAGAUCUUAACUUUCUCUUCUGCUUACUGACUCACUUUUAACUCCAUUUAAUUAUUUUUUUCUUGGACUUCUUGCUUAUCCGUGAGUCUGUCCUCCUGUUGAAAUAAUAUCUGAUAUCAUAGAGGUGAUUCUAAAUCAGUAGACAAUCAUCUAGCGGCAAUAUUUGAACUAAAGUCAGUGGACUUACAUCAAACAUAUAUUGGAUCAUGAACAGAGCUUGACCCAGUAGCCCAAAUUCCAGUUUGAAGUUUUGCUGGAACAAAGUCACCAUAUUUCUGUUAUGUGUUCACAAUUUAUUGCCAAAUUAAUGAGGUGAGAAUCUGAACCCUUUUCUUUUGGCAGGGAAAAAGCAAACUUGCAAAGCUGGAAUUUGGCAGUUGACUUUUGAAAUAUUUAAUUUUAAAAAGUAGUUCUUUCUGAUUCAUAAUAUUUAUAUGCAUAAAUAUGCACAGUUGUCGAUUGGGGAUUUUACAUAAUUUUUUGUAAUUUAUUUUGUAGCACUUUGCAGUUCAUCUUUAUUGGAUAGGAAUAGGUUUGACCUUCAAAUGUUUCAGAAUGUACUGACACAGUAUUUUGGAUUUUAUGUAAUCAUGGAGGUACUUUAAUAAACCACAACUGAUCUAUGCACCACUGAAAUAUAUAUAUAUAUUUUUAUAUCUGUAUUGUAGAAAUCCUUCUUACAUAUUUUGUACUACAUUAUGUUAGACACUCAGUACAUUAUUACUUGAUGCAGAUAUUCACAGAAUAUUAUGGAUUACAGCACGUGAUUUGUUACUAAUAAUGUCUUAGGACGGAUGUUUAAUGCUUGAUGGAAAAAGACUACAUGUUCCUAAAAUGUUUUCUUUUCAGUAUGUAGACAGAGUGUCUUAAAGCUAAGGGAGCUAAACUUUUAACAUGGAAAUUGUGAUACCCACUAGCUUCUGUCUUUCAGCUUGAUUGUAAGUGACAUUGCUUGUAACUGUAGAGAUUCUGAUCUGCCCAAAUGGUGUUGGUUUACAAAGGGCUCACUUAAUUACAAAUUCUUGACCUCCUUAAAAUAAAGUGAGACUGAAACUAAAAAUCAUACAGGAACCAUUAACAUGGUAAAAAUUGAUGAACAUCCAGGAUUCGACAUUAAAAAGCUUUUAUAUUGUUUUACUGAGCAAUAAAAAAGGCUAUGAAAUGUCUAAAGGCAGAGUCACUAUUUUUUUACACUGUGCCAGACAUGAAACUAAAAUAAAAGCAUACUUCUAAGGUUAUGCUAGAAGGGGUUUAUUUGUACUAGAAUUUAUUUUAGGUAGACAUUUAAUAUGCUCAGAGACAUUUUGAGAUAAGCUGUUGAGCAGUUUGAUGGGCAGAUUAGUUUGAGGCCUGGAGAGGAAGCACUGCUGGGGGUGUUUUGGUGUGAAGCAAGUCAUGUCAUCCAGUCUGUUAAAUAAACCUGUUUCUGUUGAAUGUGAUGGAAGUUUGACCAGUGGCCAGGUCUAUGUUGCAAAGAAGUGCAUUGUUCCCAGGCAGAGGUCAGAACUGUACUUGCUGCAGCUGCCUGUCAUGAAAAGCGAGGUGGGAGCAGUUGCAAAAUGUCUGUUCCUGAAGAAAGCUGUCUAGGGACCAUCGCUUUUUUAGUGCGAGUCCUGGAAGCUCACAGACAGGGCAGACUGAGGCUGCUAUUUUCAUGGCAACAUGUGUCUUGAGUAUCCUAACCUGUGAAAGGCAGUCUUCAUCCUUUCCACUGCCUUUGUCUACCAGCUGGACCUCUCCCAGGCAGCAGUGAAGCAAAACAUGCAUUUCAGUGGGAGCAAGAUCAAGAUCCUUGGUAACAGCAGACAGUGCCAAGAAAACCUGUGGACAGCUAGUUGAAAACAAUUUUACUUCAAGCAGUUCUUGUGCGUAUUGCUUUCUCUUUUUUGACUGUAGGCAGAAGCACUUAAAAUCAAUUUUUUCCUAAGAAAGCAAAUUCCUAAGCCUGUUUUUCAAAAGCUAUAAAAUAUAUGGAAUUUUACCAUAUGAAAAUGUGGCUCUUUAAGCAGAAAAUGUGUAGCUCUUUAAACAGAAGCCUUCAUACAAAGUUUGUCAAAGUUUGUCCCUUUACCCAGUUGUCCAUGUUAAGUUUACAAGUAAUCAUCACCAUGAAGGCCAUCACUUUGUUUGCAUCUAUUUUAAUGCUUAAAAACUUGCAAAUGGUUUCUCAAAUUGGAAGUUAUUAUCCAAUAGAUUAAAAAAAACACCCUUUCUAAGCUCUUUUUAAUUCAGCCAUUUUUUUAGUUAAGAAUUAAUAAUAAUUAUUAUUGUUAACAAUAAUAAUAUUUUAUUAUUUGAAAUAAUUCAAAAGUUACUAGUAGACUGAGCAGCUAAGUAUGUUGUCCUUGUUUAUUUCAAAAGAAAACCCCAAAAGCUUAUGUCAAAGUUUUUAGUAUUUUCUCAUUCUCCAUCAUUCUCUCUGGCUUUUUCUCUUCCUUCCAAUUUUUGGUGGUUCUGUUUUCUGUUCUUCAGAGAGCUCAAUGCCCUACUUUGUGAGUUGUGGUAAGCUGUCUUCUUAGGGCACAAAUGUGUAGAGUCUUGGAAUAUCCUUUUGAAGGACUUUGCCAUCAUUAUGUGAUGGUGUAAAGUAUUUCAGAUUAUAAUGUAGGUCCAUGUUGUGUGAGAUUCUUGUCAUCUGAUCUCCAGUGGGUGGUUGGAAGUACUGAGCAUGAAUGCAACAUCAUAGGGUGCACAGAGAAUGCAGGGGCUGUGUAUUUCAUGUGUCCCAGCACAUUUUAUUGUCCCACUUCCAUAGGAAUGUGUGUGCCCAAACUUUUGAAGCUGGCUUCCAUUUGCUCUGUUUUUCUUUUGUUCAUACAAAUUCAAUCUGCUCUGAAGAUAGCAAAUGAUGCAUUGAUUGGAAAUAAAUAUAGCUGUUCAGUUCCACAAGCAUGUAUGUGACUGAACUUGGACAACAUGGUAUUGUAUUUAAAUCAGCCUCGAGAUUAACUGGAUGACUUACUUUCAUCCAAAAAAACCCAAUAGAUUGGAAGAGCCCACAUGAGAGUAUGUAUUGUUUUGGUAUGGACACGCUAUAUGCUUCUAAUUUUAAUAUCAACCUUCCAUGAAAAGCUAUAUUUUUGCAGCUGCAAGGAGUGUGUAGGACAAGCAUGUGUUCUGGCCUGCAGCAGAGUUGUAGGCAGCAUAGAGCCAAACUGACUUCAUUUUGAAGAGGGCCAUUCCCUCUCUAGAGGCAGCAAGUCACAGCAGGGUUACUAAGCAGAUUACUUCUUAAUAUAAGAGGAAUCUUGUCUCCUUGCAUAUAUAUUUUCACUGUUACUUAGUUCCUCACUGGAAUGAAAAGAACAACCAUAUAGAAUUUCAGGGAACUAUCUAAUAUUCAAGCAAGUAAAAGGUAAAAUCAUGCUUUCUUAUGAUAGCUUUGGUUUUUUUUGAUGUAAGCAGAGUAGGGCUCCCUUGUCAGGUAUGUCCAUAGAAAUCAGAAAAUAAAUCCUGAUUUUUUUCCUAAGUAUUUUAGUAUUCUUUUUAGAGGUUUUUAACACAGUUAUUUCAUAGGUCUCACUGACUUUACUAGUGUGUGAGCAUAAUUGGGCUGCAGCACCACUGCACAAAUCCAAGACCAGAGUCUCAAACAAGUACACUUCAAAUCUUUCGCUGCCAUUCAGAGGUCUCUGUUCCUGAGUAUUUUUUUAUAUUUCAGGCUCAGUUUAAAAAUGAGAAGGGACAUUCCGUUGAUUUCAAAGUAUAGAACUUUAACAUUCUUUCCUAAAAUAUUUUUUCACACAUGUAAAAAAGUAAUAUUCUAAAUUUUAGCACAAAAUUGCCUUCUACCAUAGCAUCACAUUAUGAAAGCUGGAUAGUGGGACAAAGGCAGUGGGCACAAACUGAUGCACAGCAAGUUCUACCUGAACACCAGGAAAAACUUCUUUGCUGUGCAGGUGAGCAAGCCCAGGAACAGAUUGCCUGGAGAGGUUGUGGAGUCUCCCUCAGUGGAGAUAUUCAAGAACCAUCAGGACACAAUCCUAUACCAUGGGCUCUGGGAUGACCUGGCUUGAGCAGGGAGGUUGCACCAGAGGACCCAUUGUGGUCCCUGUCAACCUGACCCAUUCUGUGAUUCCAUGGUUUAAAAAUUACUUGCUGUUAUCCAUCAGCAAGCUGUGAGUCUUUUCUCCCCUUCUUCCCUCUAAUUCUUUGUGUUGAAAAUCUUUCAUGUUUCUUGUAAGUAACAGACAAUCAUUGUUUUUAUUCCCAAAUGCUACCAUAACAGUUUGGACAAUCUAUAAAAAAUGUAUUACAUGAAAUUCCUUUUAACAGUCCAAUAAAGUUCUAUAAUUUCAUAUCAUUGUGUCUUUCACUAUCUGUAAAUUGAUCAUACCUUGUAUUUCAUUAGUAACAGUGAGUGCAUUGAAAAAUAUGUCAAUUUUUGAGUUCCUCACCUGUUACCUGUUGUUAGAAAAAUGCUAUUAUUGUCUUUGUGUUCCAAUAAGAAGUGAGAUUCAAUUCCUUAAUUAUAUUUUUAUAGCAUCAUUCAUUCUUUUUCUAUUUAUAAAGCAUUCCCCCCACCCUGCAGCUGUUUGCAGUAGUUUUAUUUCUAUUUAAGAUACUUUAAAUGUAUGUAUCAUUAACAUUCAAACAAAUGUAUGUGUAUUCAGGUCAAAUAACUAUAUGUUCAGCUUUGCCUGUAAGACACAAAGUUUUACAUAUCAGGCCAUACUUCAUCUACUCAGAACUUUACACAAAAAAAAAAGUUGUUUGGUUAAAUACUAAGGUACGGCAUGGUGAUUUUCCAAAUUAUUUUGAGGAAACAUCAAUGCUGUGAUUUGAAGCCCAUGUUUUGCUUUGGAACUUCUGUUUGUUGGCCUGAACUGUCUGGAUUUCUAGACAAAUUUAAUGAAACAAUACAAAAGAACGUUGAAAUGGUUGUAUCACACGUUAUGUCCAAAUUUUUUAUCUUUUUUGUUUUUCACUUGGGCAUGCAAUAUUUACCCAUUAAUGUGAUUGCUUCAUUUGGACUGCAGCAAUUUCCUUAAUACAUUGUGACUGUAAUCAGUAAAAUCUCAAAUAGUGUGUCAUGAUAAGCUAGAAUAUGAAUGUGAUAGUGCCUUUUAUACCUGCCACUUGAAAGUGCUGUGCUUUUUACAUGUUCAGAAGGAGGAAAGUAUUUUAACUGUCCAUUCUAGCCAUAACACCUUCCAAAGAUAGCUGAUGCACAGAACAAAAAUAUGCAAGUGUGUGUUGGGAACCACACAUGAGUGAUAGUGUGGCCUAGAGGGGGGAGGGAUGCACCACCACGACCACUGAUGACAGUUCCUUAAUAACUUCUUAUAGCUCAUGUUGGAUACUAGAAGUCAGAGACCAGAAGGUGAUGGGUGAUGAAACUUCAGAUGGGCAAUUGGCUGUGAAGUUUCUUGAUGACUAGUGUGUUUUACUGAAGAAUCACCAUGUUAUCCCCUUGAGGGGUUUUAACAAAAUUUCAGUGUCUACAGCAUUGAAGUAUACGAUGCCUCAGGAAUAGAUGCGUCAUCCCUGCCUCAGGGAAGUAUUUAUGAUGUCUUUACUCCAGGAGAUAUACCAGCAUAGACCAUGCUGCAUAAACCAGAAUCUCUUUUUCUUUUUCUAAAGAUGCAUGCCAUUAAAUAAAUUUUAAUGUUUCCUUAUGAGAGUUAGCAUGAUGCUGAGGUCAGAGCUUAUAAAUUAGCUCACACUUUUCAUCCCCAAAUGUCUCAGAGAGAAGGUCAAUAGGGCUAGCCAUAUCAGAGAUUCCUAGUACUUUGUUCUAUGUAAUCAUUGCAUAGUCAUAAAAAGUUGCAUCACUUAUGUUAGAUGUCUUAAAAAUCCUAGGAAAAAUCAGAGGAUUCUAUGUAUCUGUAGAGAUUAAAUAUCAGAAUUAGAACAAAAUAUGAAAUCUUGAUAAGUCUAUGCUUUUUGAAAGAAAACAUUUAUGUAAUACUCCCAUUUUCAUUCAGAUUCAGAACUGUGUGUUUCUGUAAAUAAGAGACAGAAGUCAAAAUUAUGAAAAAUAUCAGUGUUGGCUUCCUCCUGGUAAGACCCACUCAUUGACUUUUCCCAUUAAAUUCAGGGGUUUAAAUAAUCUAGGAAGUCAGUUUCUCUCUUAGUUUUAUCUUCUCUGAGCCAAAAGUAAUUUUUGGUAAUCCGAGAUACUACCUGUAUGCUGUAAUGUAACUGCCUGCCUGGAUUGAUGAAGUCUGUCUUCUGUGUACCAAGUAGCCCAUUGAUAGAUAUCUCUGUCUCUAAUAGCAUUUGUGAAGGUUUCUGCACACAACUGUGUUAUUACUAGUUGCUCAGGUGUAUAAUUUUUAAAUACAUUAAAUGGUUUUAAAAUACAGCUCAAAUUAUCAACUCUGCAUAUGUUUGCUUAUGAGGGUAUGAAUCAAAAUCAGGUAAGUUGACUGUGAUUUGCCUGAGCACUUCCUUUCUCCGGGCAUUUGAAGUACAGUUUUUGAAGCAGAACAUGCUAAGACAAGCCCUCUACUUUCUGUGUGGUAAAACAAGUUACCUUUUCCCAUAUGUCGGCGUUGUUUUGCCCUUGGGAGUUGGCACAGUCUCCUUCCAGGUAAAGAAGCACACUUUAUCUGACUUUAUCAAUGUCUCAAGAAAAGUGUGAAGAGCCACAUGCCUUUUCAAGAGGAAGGCAAAGAUUUAUCAUCAUGCUUUUUCUUUCUAAUGCAGAUGCCAAGUUUCCAUUGCCUGCUGCAACUUCACACUUUGAUGAAUCCAAAUGUAUAUGUAUAUAUAUACUGUUGCUGUUGAACUCAACUGUUCUGGUACCAGGGCGAAGUUGUUACCUGUCAUUAGGAGGUGAUGGUAUAGCCUCUAGAAUCAGUUGUUCCUAACUGCAAGGCUCUUGACAUUUUUUGUUCUUGGGUUCUGGUCUGAACCUGGUGAGAGCAGCUGUAACCACUAGUGAUAGGUAAAUUGCCCACAGGAUAGCAGUUUGAUCAGUGAUUGCCAGGGGACAGCUACCCAUGCCAGGAAAGGGCAACCUUUGGCAGAGGAAGAAGAGAGGUUGAAGAUUGAUGGCAGAGAGUUACCCUGUGAUCAGCUAAAUCAAAGACUUUCAUUGCCUCUCAGAGGGGAAUGGAAAUUUUGAAAACCCUUUUUUCUCCCAUGUGGAAACAUGCAGACUUUGCUUCAGGUGCCAUUAAUCAGGCCACUAUGAGUUUAUUUGUUUAAUACAGAGUAUAAAUGUAAUUUUAACUCUAUUCAUUAGGUUUUCCACCUACAUGUUACAGGACGUACAGGGUCUGUGCCAAUGCUUUUCUGGUUGCACUAGAGCCCUGGUUCUGACCCGGAACCACAACAUUAUAAAACAAAUCAGGGGUGUUUAAUCAUUUGACAUUCUUGUCAUCACUGCAGUUAUGGACUAUUACUUCUUGUAAUCAUGCUCUUAAAAAUGAGAUUUCAUUUUAAAAUUAAUCUUUAGUGACAUGGAUUUUUCUCAUAAAAAUUUAAAUGAGUAGCUCAGGACUUACUUUUUUCUUAAUUUUUUCAGACUGGUUAGAUAACUUAGCUGUUUCAGGUUGUCAUACCUUUAUUCGUUGGGCACUGCUGCCACAUCAGGAAAAUAUGGAGAAAUUGGCUGCUAAACAUAGCUCUUUUAUUAUACCAGAUUCUAAUACCUCUGGAAACUACUGACAAACAGAACCAUCCCAAAUGUUCAGUUGACAAAUCGCGUACUUUUAAAAAAAGAGUUUGUGUAUCCAUUUAAGUUAAUAUGACCCAAUGGGGGCCAGUAAAACCUGACAACCGAAGAAAGCAGCAUCCUCCCCUGCAGAGCCAGGAGCCCACCUAAAGGGCAGCAGGUUCCUGUGGUCCACCUGCCCCGGCAAGAGCUAAAGGAAGCUGUUAUAUCUUGACUGCUUCCUGCCAUCUACCUUUAGAGUUGUUUUAUCUCGGUGGCACAGGGCCCAGCUUAAAGCCUCCCAAAGGGUCAUAUGCCCAGGCAUGCUUCAGGUGCUGGAAUGGCAUAAAUAUUGUGGAUGGCUUCAGUAUUUUUUGUAAUGAUGAGCUUGCUGUACUCCAUCCAGCUAUUGCUUGCUGUUUGCUAGGGAUCCAGGCUUGCUGCUUUGCUGUUUCCUGCCUCUUUUUGGGACUUGUAGAGGAGAAGGGAAGGGAUAUACUGCAGGGGGGUUCACUGCUUCUGGUUUCCAGCCUGCCAUUAAGCACCCUCCAGCAAGAUGGCUUGUCUGCCUUGCAUUUUUCCCUUCCCUGCAAGCACACAUGACUGCAUGACUGAAAGCUGAAAGACCAAUAUUUUCCUAAUUUUAAUAGUCCCAGAAGCAUCAUAAAGAAAAUCUAGCUCUGUAGUUUUUACAUGUCUGGUAGCAUGCAGCAAAUCACACCGUCUUUAAUCCUCUCCCUGGCAAUACUCCCACUGGCUUCAGUGAGAGUUUUGUCUGAGCAUGACCAGAGUUGGAAUUUCAGGUUUUGGUCCUACAUUAAUUUUUCAGCAAGGAACAGAAAUGGAUAUUAUAGAUUUUCAGUUAAACAUUAGGAAGACAUAAAACUGUCAUUCUCUAUAAUGUAGUAGUACAAAUAUGGGCAAUUACCUUUUUGGCAUUGUCUUGUGAGAAUAAUGCAGAUUAAUUACUUUAACCCAUUCCUAACAUAAUUCAUGUUCAGCCAUAUAUUAUAGAUGCUAUCUUUCAGUGACAUAACUAAGUGCCAAAACUAAGUGCCACACCAGGAGAAGACUGCAUUUGCUAAAAAGAUUGUCAUCAUUCUUAAUGAAAAGACAGCAGUCCUAAUUUCACUGUCAUUCAUAGGAAUUUCAAACCAUUGUCAAUAUAAUAACUUACUUCUGGCUGAUAUGAAGACAAACGGAAUUAGACUCUUGGUAUUCCACCUUAUCUAUUCAAAGGAUUUCAUGCUUUGUGUUUGGUUUGACUCUUUCACCCAACCUCUGAAUUUGCUUUGCUUUACAUUUGUGAUGAACGAGCUAGUUGGAGUUUAGCACAUUAUAUUGGAUC